AUGAAUAUAUCUAGUGUAGUUUUAUUUACACUGUCUGGCUUUGGUGUUACGGUCAACUACAGAGUUAUACUUUUCUCUCUCACUUUACUAUGUUAUAUCCUAAUUGUGGUGGUAAAUGUGUCUCUUGUUUUAACUAUAAUCUUGGAUCAAAACUUACAUGAACCCAUGUAUGCUUUUUUGUGUUCUUUGUGCAUAAAUGGACUUUAUGGGACUGUAGCCUUUUAUCCUAAAUUUGUCUUUGAUUUGCUGUCAGAUAUUCAAGUAAUAUCAUAUGCAGCAUGCUUUGUGCAAGUCUUUGUUAUAUACUCUUAUGCAACAGGUGAUUUCUCUAUUUUAGCUCUUAUGGCCUAUGACAGAUAUGUGGCCAUAUGUCGACCCCUGGAGUAUCACUCCGUGAUGUCUGUGCGAAAGACUGCUGUGUUAAUAAGUUUGUCCUGGGUUGUACCGCUCUGCUGUCAGGUUAUGGUUGUAUCUUUGACAUCAACUCUCAAAUUAUGUGGCUCCCGCAUAGAUAAACUCUAUUGUGAGAACUGGGCAAUUGUUAAGCUUGCCUGUGGCACAACGAGAGCAAAUAGCAUUGUUGGGUUAGUUGUCAUUGCUUUCUACUGUGCGCAUGUCCUCUUGAUUGCAUGCUCUUAUGUGCAGUUGGUAAUGUCAUCUUUGUCAUCCAGAGAGGGCAGGAGAAAGUUUAUGCAGACAUGUGUGCCACAUUUGUUAUGUCUGCUUAAUGUCACUGCUGCUUUGCUUUUUGAUACUAUGUACUCGAGGUAUGGAACAGCAUCUAUGCCACGGAGUUUAAGGAACUUCAUGGCCCUACAUUUUCUUGUGAUGCCCCCUAUUCUCAACCCAAUUAUCUAUGGACUGAUCCUGACCAAAAUUCGAAAGAGAGUAGGAGCUCUGUUGAGUUUGGGAGAAUGGGUUGCGAGGUCAGCCAAGCUGGAGCUCAAAUUGGAGCUCAGGCAAGAUGGCACCCAAAUGCUUGAGCAGGUCCCUUCUUCACUGUGGGCCAACCUGCAUUCAGGGACUCCGCUGAGCAAUGGCUGGGUCUUCCAGAAGGUUUACAGGUGGGCACCAGUGGAUGUGCUAUCUCCUGUGUCAGAUGGGAGCUCCUCUGCCCGACAUCUGUACCCUUAA